AGAAAAUAUAGUGUCAGUGUGAUAAAAAUCUAGAGAGUUACGAUUAAACAAAAAUAGACAGAAAGAUACAAAGAGAAAGGGAAAAUGGAGAAAUGGCCAACAAACAAAGUUGGCGGUUAGAUUUCUUUACUCUGCAGUCCUUGUAUGAAGAACCAAAACUUUCAAAACAGUAGUCCAACAAAAUGAUACGUCAAUUUGAUACACUCUAGCUUCUGGCUCUUUAUUGCCGUCCCAAUAUUCUAUUAUUCUGUUGUUUUUACUUUAUCAAAAUUAAAAAUGGGUUCUUUCCCCCUUCUUAUUAUUAUAUCCACAUUCAAGAACUCCUCCCAUUUCACCUACCAAUUCUUAAUAUUGGAAAAUGAAGAGGUAUAGAAAUGGAGAAAUAUGGGAUUUUGAGCAAGAAAUGCAGCAGCUUUUAGGAGAUGGUUUUUGUGAAGAAAGAGAAGUGAUAUUGGGAUUGGAUGGAGAUACAACUUGUACUGUCUGUGUUUGUAUGCCUCUUCUCCCUUUUGCUGAUUCACUACCUGAUCCUCCUCCUAUUCUCUCACGUGCAGUUGCUGGCUGCUCCAAUCACAACAGUGUGGGAGAAACUGCCGCGAGGGAUGCUCUAGAGCUAGUGAUGGCUGAUGCUCUUUCAAAAGCAGGCUCAACACGUUUCUGUGUACAAGCUGUUUGUUUGGCUGUCUCCGGUGUCAACCAUCCAACAGAUGAGGAACGGAUACUUAACUGGCUUAGAGAGAUAUUUCCCAUCCAUGUCCAGUUCUUUGUUCAGAAUGAUGCUGUGGCAGCUCUUGCAAGUGGAACAAUGGGAAAGCUUCACGGGUGUGUCCUUAUUGCUGGUACAGGAACUAUUGCUUAUGGUUUUACUGAAGACGGGAGAGAUGCUCGAGCUGCUGGUGCUGGGCCUGUAUUAGGAGAUUGGGGAAGUGGAUAUGGUAUAGCUGCACAGGCAUUGACUGCUGCAGUUAGAGCCUAUGAUGGUCGUGGUCCAUACACUGCACUUACGCCAAGUAUUCUACGGAAGCUGGAUCUUUCUUCUCCUGACGAGCUUAUCGGGUGGACUUAUUCAGAUCCAUCUUGGGCUCGGAUUGCUGCUCUUGUUCCAGUCGUAGUGUCCUGUGCAGAGGGAGGUGAUGAAGUAGCAAAUAAGAUAUUGAGAAAUGCGGUUCAAGAAUUAGCUUCGAGUGUUAAAGCGGUUGUUAGAAGACUACACUUGUGUGGUGAAGACGGAAAUGAUCCUUUUCCUCUUGUUAUGGUUGGGGGUGUUCUUGAAGCCAACAAUAAAUGGGAUAUAGGAAGAGAAGUGAUUAACUGUAUACACAAAGACUUCCCCGGGGUUCAUCCAAUUUGUCCGAAGGUGGAACCUGCCAUUGGGGCUGCUUUGCUUGCUUGGAACUUUUUGGCUAGAUAUAGUCGAUGAGGGACCCUAAGAAGUGAGACAUAUUCUUCUUAAAAAGAGUUCAAUCAAUUGUACAGCAGCAAGGAUGAAUUGAAGGCCAUUUUCAACAUAUAAUCCACAAAGGAAGAAAAGUGAAUUUUGUUUGUUCAUUUUCUGUUAUAUAGGUUCUUCUUACUCUUGCUUAGGUUCACAUCCUCUCUUUUUGUUUUCCCUGUUAUUUGGUAUUAGUUAGUAAAUGUAACUUGCUUAUCGAGAUUAGUUAUGUUCUACCCCUAUUGACAAGGGUUAUGUUACCUCCUCCCCGAGGCGGACCCAAGAUUUGAAGCUGGUG